CAAGAUCACAUUUGAUUUCAUUGUCAUUGCUGGAGUCACAGGAUGCUCACAAUGAAGUGUUUGAUUUCAUUUUAUCUUCUGACAUUGAUUCUGCAUUGCAGUGCGGAGUGGUGUUACCAGGCACAAGCCAACUAUGAUGAUCAAUGUAAAGGUCCAGAGCUCUGGAAAGAAGUAAACGCACAAUGUGGAAACACCAGACAGUCACCGGUCAACAUAGCGACGAAGAAAACCGUCGUGGACGGGCGACUGACGCCUUUCAAUUUCACCGGCUACAAGAACAUAUUCAACGGCACCAUAAGAAACAUCGGUCACUCGGUUGUGGUGGAUGUAGCACAAAAUAUCAUGGCUACAGUGUCUAGAGGAUUCCUGGGAGACACAUAUAAACCCAUCCAAUUUCACUUUCACUGGGGAACAGAUGUAGGAGCGGGAUCUGAACACACCAUUGAUGGAGAACAGUAUCCUAUGGAGCUGCAUAUUGUGCAUAUAAAGCAGCGAUACAACAUCAUUGCAGAUGCAUUAAAUGAUCCAUCUGGCAUUGCAGCUCUGGGAUUCUUUUUUGAGGAGUCAAACAGCACAAACACAAAUUAUGACCAGCUCAUACAAGCCCUGAGGAGCAUACAGUACACAAAUAAUAUCACAACCAUUCGUAACAUCUCGAUCAGCCAAUUUAUUUUGUCAGAGGACAAAAUGACUAAAUAUUACAGAUACAAUGGAUCUCUGACCACACCGAACUGCAGUGAAGCUGUUGUCUGGACUGUCUUUAAAAAUCCCAUUCCUCUCAGCAGAGAACAGCUUCGGGCCUUUCCUUCCCAGCUAAAGUUUUCUGAUGGCAAUCCGAUGGUGGGAGUAUUUCGACCUGUACAGUCUCGUAAUGGACGUUUAGUGUAUCGGUCGAGCGGUCCGGUGGUCCUGGCCAGCGCUCUGCUUCUCUUUACCUCCAUCAUUACAGCGUUCAGUCUGUCUCAUCUAAACUAAAGCAACCCGAACACAAUGAGUUCUCAUCGAAUCAACAGACAACAGAGAGAAACCAAACCUCAUCAAAUUAUCCAAAUAAAUAUUCUGUCACAAUUUUCUCACUGACAGGUCUUUUUAAAACCAACGCUAUCUUAAGAAAAAAAUUUAGAAUUUUGGAAGGUGGAAAAUUAAUAUUAAUUUGCGUGACCACAUUUGUACGUAUUUUUGUACAAUUUGCUUUUGCCUCUUUGACAUUAGGGUUAGGGUUAAUUAUUGUUUUUAAUACUUUGUGAAAAAUCAUAACUUGUAAAAUAGGUAAGAAUUCUCAUGCUGUUAAAAUAGGAUUUUGACACUUCUUAUUUUUCCAUAAAGAAAAAGUGAUGUUGGUCCAACCCAAUAUCACGCAAAUACGUGACUAUUUCACGUAUGGACCAACGUGUAAAUGUCACGUUUUGCUGCGUUUGAACGUGAGCAUGUCACGUUUUCUGUUUGUGUCAUUUUCACGUUUUGGUUACUCAACUUUUUUGUCCUAAUUUCUUACCAUUGUCGCUUCGGUUUAGGGUUAGAUUUACAUAAAAUGACAUCCUUACCUAAACAAACUCUAACCCCAACGUCAGGCGACAAUUGGUUAAAGUUUAGAAAAUAUAAAAGAAUAAGUCUUGUAUCUUUUUUUUUUUAUAAACCAAUACUUAAAGUGACAAAUACUUAAAGUGACAUAUAACACAAGCACCAAAUCUAACCCUAAACCGAAGCGAAAAUGGUUUGAAAAUAGGACAAAAAAGUUGAGUAACCAAAACGUGAAAAUGACACAAACAGAAAACGUGACAUGCUCACGUUCAAACGCGGCAAAACGUGACAUUUUCACGUUGGUCCAUACGUGAAAUAGUCACGUAUUUGCGUGAUAUAGGGUUGGUUUGUCAGUCACUAAACACUAAACAGUCUGCACAUCAUCACAAGCAAAUAUUCCUUAUAUUCACUUUAUAAAAAAAUACACUUAAUACUCUUUGUAGAUUGAUGUUAAACUGUCUUAGGUCAUUUUAAAAAUACUGAACAUAUGUAACAAUUUUACACGAUACGCUAACAUCUUACGCACAAUUAUUUUGUUAUACAGAAAAUGUUUUGUGUCUUUUUUGAAAUGCACUGAACACUGACAGAAAUCACACUGUAUCAGACUAUGAAUGUCAUUUCAUGCUAACUCUAAAUACAGGGAGAUACGCAACUUUUAUUUGUAUGAUGCACAAUAUGUUUAACUUCAUAUUCUUUUGGCUUUUUGUCAGACUGAUCUCACAGAAAGUCGUGUUAUAGUCACAAAAAAAAUUAUUAAUCUAUUGUGUUCAUGGCACAAAAUUAGGUCUUUUUCGUGUUACUCGCACAAAU